AAUAUAUCGAGGAUGAUUGUUUGACAUUGACAGAAGUUCCAACAAUUCUAUGGCAAAAUGGAUGGAGUUUCAUUUGACGAGAAUCGCAUAUUAGAAUGACGGGGUGUUGAUUCUCCCAUUCUGCCUAUGUCUUUGAAGGCAGCAUAUCCUAGGUGGAGAAGUAAGGAAGUAGGAACAUGAAAUGAGACGUUAUUGACUUCCAGAAACUUUUUGCGCUCAUCACUUCAUCCACAAACCCUGCUGCCAACAAGGAUUAAAGCAAAACACGCCAUGGCCAGUAUUCAGAUUCGGAAGUAUCGGGAUGAGGACGCUGAGGCAGUGAAGGAUACCUUCACCCUGGGGAUGAGCGAGCAUGUGCCUUCGUCCUUUGUGCACAUGCUGAAACAGCCGCUAACCCAAAUGGUGCUCAUGUGCAUGUUCUGCGCCCUCAUAACCAGCUCCAAGUCCUUCCUGCUACCUGUUCUGGCCGUCACCCUCGUCCUGGCCGGGGCCCGGCAGUUAGUCGUCUACAUGUUCAACCAAUACAUCGACACCUGCCUCAGUACGGACCUCAACAACAUCAGUGAGACCUACCUGAAGCAGAAGGACACGUGUUUUUGGGUGGCUGAAAUUGAUGGCCAGGUGGUCGGCACGGUGGCUUGCCUUCCUGCACAGAACGCACCGGCAUGCUUGGAGUUGAAACGUAUGUCUGUACGCCGCAGUCACCGCCGCAUGGGUAUCGCUCAGGCUAUGUGUCGGACAGUAGCUGAAUAUACUCGUGAAAGAGGUUUUGCAGCAGUUGUCCUGUACACCUCUGUGGUGCAGACAGACGCUCAGAAGCUGUAUGAGAGCAUGGGCUACGAGAAGAUAAGAGAGUUUGUUAUUCCUGGGCUUCCUGCCAAAGUGAUGAACUUCACUCUGUUAGAGUACAGACUCGAUUUACCGAUAGAUGGUAAAAGUGACUGAGUGGUCUUAAACUGAGACACAGAGACUUUAACAUUUCAGGGCGAGAGAACCGUCCAUUCAUCCAGCUUCUAUACUUAUGUUUUCCCAGCAUUCAUUGCCGCUUAAAGGAUAGUUUGGAUUGUUUGAAGUGGGGUUGUGUGAUGUACAUACAAUAUAGCCCUUACCAAAGGCGCCAAAGCCACCAGACUCCAUUGGAAAAAACAGUAAUUUUACUGUUAAAUUACUGUUUUUGUCAAUGGAGUCUGGUGGCUAAACUGCAGCUAAUGACUUCAGUUACCCGUUGGAAAGGGCUGUCUUACGGCAAGGUAAAGUAAUGAAAAUAUUCUAAAUAUAAAAUAUUAAACUGAUAUUGAUUGUAUUUUAGGUGGUUAACAUACGAUUUUCUGCUGCCACUGCAGUACAGUGCUUAACUUCUGUGCUGGUGUCCAAAGUAUCCCUUUAAGGCGACUAAACACUCAAGAUAAACACACACACACUUUCAGUAAAAGGUUUGCCAUGUUUUCUCUUGUUACAAACACACACAGGACACAUAGAUCAUGUAUCAUUGUUUUAUUAAUAGUUGAGUUAAAUAUUUGCUAUGUCCCCGAUCAUGCAGUUAAAGGAUUUGUGUUGAUUGACUUUCUUUAAGGUUAUUUGAUUAUUUAAUUUUGUAAAUGAUUUCCUUUCUACAUGAUAUAAACUGAUGAACAUGCCUCUACAAUGUUGUAGCAUUCAUUUAAAAAUAAUUGUCGUAUCAUUAGGGAUCUGAUACUGAUCUCAUUAAGAUGAUAUAUUAAUAUUAAACACAGUUUUUAUGUCAAUGUCAUAGAAUUAAGCGUUUCUGUUAUCCGCCACCAACUCAGUUCUUAGUUCCAGAGUUAUCCCUAAUGGCUUCAUAUUACCUUACAUAAAAAAAUACUCCAAAAAGUUUAAAACUGAUUUUAUAUUUGUGCAAAAACAAAAGAAAGCUGUGGUGGCAACGGCAGAUAACCGGAGAUAAAAAAAGUUGGUGCAUUCAGAUCUUAAACUUCUUGGGCACCAGCUUUAAAUUCAUAUUGCUAAUAAUGAAUUCAAUACAUUGUACAUAUUUCCUCCUGAACAGCUUUUCGGGCUUCUUGCAUUCAUUCCUGUGUUAUUGUCAUGUGGUCAGUUUGCCAAAAACCAUGUUCUGAGAUUAUGUUGCAAUAGAAAUGAGGUGCUUGAGAUAAAUAAUAAGCUGCAGGUGUGAUUAUUGGAUUUUAAUACUUUAGCAUACUUCACGUGACAUGAGGCAGCACGACCCAUGCUGCUCUCAAGUCGUUUUGCAGUAGUUCCACUUCAUGCCCUCGUGUUAUUGCUACAGCAAUCUA